AAAUGAUGCAUGCUCGUGAGAUUACACGGGUAGGGGUAGUGCACAUGAACAACAACAACAAUAACACACCCUGCACAAGCACAACGCAAGGGACCAGACGCUUCUUCAACAAUCAACAAUGGCAACCUCGUUAUUCCGCAGCAUAAGGAGAGCUUCCAUUGCUCUCAGAUUCUCGUACGCUACCUCGUUUUCGGCUUCUCCCAGGUCAGUUGGGAGGACUCAGAAGCGUAUGUGUUAUCCUUUGAGGCACUGUGUCCCGUUUGGAGGGCAGGGUUAUUGGUGGGGUUUAAGAGAUUUGAGCUAUGGAAGGGUGAACCUUGUGAUAACGGGAGGGAAGACCAAGUUUGAGACUCAUGAGGUUGAGGCUCCGAAGAAAGACAAGUGGAAGACGAAGAAGAGGUUGAAGAUGCAGAGGAAGAGAGAGAAAGAGAAGAGGAGAGCGGCCAACAGGAAAGAUCCCCGUCGACUUGGUGUCAAAGGGAAGAAGAAGAAACAGAGAUUUGCCAGUGCAGAAGAGAGGAUCAAGUACAAGAUUGAAAAAGCAAGAAUUAAAGAAGCAUUGCUCAUUGAAAGGCUCAAACGAUAUGAAGUUCCUAAACUUCAGGGUCCUGUUGUAAAGCCUGUUGGCUUGACGGGGGAGGAACGUUUUUAUUUGAAGAAAAUGGCUCAGAAGAGAUCUAAUUAUCUACAAAUUGGCAGAAGAGGAUUGUUUGGAGGUGUUGUUCUCAAUAUGCAUAUGCAUUGGAAGAAACACGAGACUGUUAAGGUCAUAUGCAAGCCUUGUAAGCCUGGUCAAGUACAUGAGUAUGCACAAGAACUUGCCAGAUUGAGUGGUGGUAUUCCACUUCAAAUAAUUGGAGAUGACACAAUAAUAUUUUAUCGCGGAAAGAACUAUGAACAACCUGAGGUUAUGUCACCAAUUGAUACCCUGUCCAAGAAAAAGGCACUUGAAAAGUCUAAGUAUGAGCAAUCCCUGGAGUCAGUGAGGCGCUUCAUUGCUAUUGCUGAGAAAGAAUUAGAGCUAUAUUACAGGCACAUUGCCCUUUAUGGUGAUCCAAACAACAGAAAUCCCUUGUCAAUGCUGGAUGAUCCAAGUGAAAAAGGGAAUCAUGGAAUUCCAGAUAACAAAAUCUGUGACUUAAAAAACAAUGAUUAUUUUUCAGCCACUCUUUCAGAGACUGAAGCAGAUUCCACGGAAAUGGAGCUAUCAGAGAUAGAAGAUGAAAACACGUCAAUGAAUGAAUCAGAUUCUGAAGAGGACAGCAUGUUGGAUUCCAAUGGUGAUCAAGAAAGAGAGGUAUAUUUUACUAAAAUGCACGAUGAAAGUGUAACCUCCGCCACAUGUUCUUCAUCAAUAUCUAAACAUAGCCACUACUAUAAUAAUCAAUAUUUAUAACAAUUUCCAUGCACUAGAGAUUAGAGAUUAAAUAUAUAUUGUCAACAGUUACUUUGAGUAAAUCAAGUUGUCCAUAUAAAUAUACCUUGGAGAAUUUUGAAAAUCGAGUUUUAAA